GAUCUAAUUUUAUUCUACAUGUACCUACUUUAAGGUUUCCCUGGUCCAAAAUGGCAUGCUGCUGUAAAUGUGGACGACUAAACAAAUCAUCUGCAAGCUGCUUGGGGCGCUGUGAUCUACCUAAACACAGAUGUCUUCUAAAAAAUGACGUAAAGCCCGGACCUAUCCCAAAAAACAUGGGAUGGUUAUACACGGCCAAAGAUUCUCCUGAACACCAGUUACGAUGCGGAUGGCGCCCAGGUCAUAUUUCUUGUUCAGUGUUAAGAAAAAUCGAACAACACAACUGUAUGAAAGCUGGUCAAUCUACCCCAUGCCCAUGCUCUACCUGCUCACGCCCACCGUGCCUUAAGCCCUGCUGUUCGUCUUCAAAAUGCUUAGCAGUUUUUCCAUCGCCUCCUUCUUGUAGCAAACCUCCGGUCUGUAGUCAACCGCUUAUAAGAAUUAUCCGACACGGCGGGCAAUAUAGUAUAUGUACAAAACCAUCCAAUAUGAACAACGCGCCUUCUGGACCCUAUCCACUAAAAUAUGUUUUAAAUUCAGAUGACAACGAUGACCCAGGACCAAAUGCAAAAUACAGUGUGGAAGCUAAAUUUAACAAUUAUCACUUUGAUUACACAAGUUCCCAAGCAUCUUUCGUUUUAGAUUUUUCACCACCAGAAUAGAGGUGUUUUAAGCCUUGUCCAAAGAAAAGCAUUAUGUGUAUGCUGUGUCAAACUGAAUGUUCUUGGCCUAUAAAGUGAAUUCUACCAAAAAUAUUAUAUACCUCUCAUCAUUAUAUGAAAAAUAUUUUGAAUCAA